AACCUCGAUGUGCGAAAGUCGCAAGUGCAUCUUGUCUAUAGGGCGUGGUAAAUGAGUAAUAGCAACGACAUGGAUAACGAGUGGAAUUCGGAGCUGUACCGUACGGUUCCACAAAUGGAACAAGCCGAGAUCAAGGAAAAUGCGUCACCAAACGUGGAGGCCAGACCAAGGCGCUCUCAGGGAAACAUGUUCGUGCAGAGCAUGUUCGACAUGACGCUAAUAACGAUUAACUUUUGCCAAAUAUGCUACAUCCUUAAGGUCGGUCCUGCAAUGGGAUGGUUGUAUUAUUUUUUGCUGGGACUGUUUGGAGCGUCGCUCAUAUUGCUGUUUUUGCACGGAAUUAUGGGGCUGUGUGGAAGACUACGAUGCAGCAAGCCUCUGCCCGUUGGCUGUUUUAAUUUUUUGUACAACGCUUCCAUGUUCAUGGUCGUUCUCGUUUACCUCGUAAACCUUAUCGGGAAUGUGCUGAUGCUAAAGGAAGCAGAAAAUAAGUGCCAACUUAUGUUGGAACAUAGCAGAUCGUUUAUGUCCUUCGCAACGGAUUCACCACAACAUCCUCAAGGUGUAGAAAAUGGAUCAUAAAAUAAACAGCUGAUAUUGAAUUGUGAG